AUGUCGUUGUUGGUUCUCCGGCAUGGCUCCUGCAUUCUGCGUGCAAACCUCCCCAAGCUAUUUACGAUCCAAUUCACCAGGAAUUAUUCUUCCAAGUCUGCCUCUACGACGCGAGAAUACUCCUCCAAAAUUGGAACGGCGGCAGAUGCUUCACCUGAAACCCAGCCCGCCUGGCUCCAGAACAGACCCUUGAAGCGUCUACCGACCGGGACACUGCUGCGAAACAUUAUCCUGGGAAAGCUUUUCACAGUCCCCCUUCUCAUGAACACGGGUGUCGCCGCCAUCAACUUCAUGGCUGAAACGAAGAACCCAAUCUUCGACCCUGACAGGAACCCCAUCCUGCGCAGAAUCAUGCGCUUCGCCAUCUACGACCACUUCUGCUCAGGCAUUACCCAGCAGGAGACGAUUGGCGGCAUUGCCAAGAUCAAGACCAUGGGCCUGACGGGCGUCAUCUUGAACCAUGCAAAGGAGGUCACAGUUGACAAAGACCCGACGAGGGGAAAGGGUGAGGUUGACGCUGCUGUCGCCUCUAAGGAGGACGAGGACAAUGUUGCAGAUUGGCUGGACCGCAACCUGAAAACCAUCGAGAUGAUUGGCAAAGACGACUUUGUCGGCCUCAAAUUCACCGGUGCAGGCAUGAUUGCAGCACGCGCAUUGAUGGCGAACCGACCCCCUCCACAGUCGAUCCAAGAUGCUGCCGACGCCAUGUGCUACGCCGCCAAGGCUAAAGGAGCCCGUAUCCUGGUCGAUGCCGAACAGCAGAUCUUCCAGGAUGCCAUCGACGCUUGGUCCAUUGAUCUGAUGAGGCGGCACAAUCGAGAUGGGCAGGUCGUCAUCCUCAACACGGUUCAGGCCUACCUCAAGAACUCGCGCCCCAACAUCCUUUACCACCUUAAGACUGCUCAGAAGCAGGACUGGAAACUCGGCAUCAAGCUUGUCCGAGGUGCCUACAUCGAGACUGACGAUCGGUCCAAAAUCCAUGAUACAAAGGCCAACACCGACGCUUCUUACAAUGGCAUCGUCCGCGAUCUUCUCCAGAGAUCAUUCGAUGGAAUCGAGAGCAAAGACUUCCCAGACCUACAGCUAUUCGUCGCCGGCCACAACAUUGAUACCAUCCGCAAAGUCGCCGCUUUCCAUCGCCGUCUCGUGCUCGAGGGACGCAACCCCGGCAGACUCGAGUUUGGCCAGCUACAGGGCAUGGCCGACGAGGUUACGAUGGAGCUCGUCCUCCAGGGCGAGGCUGCUACGCGCAACACAAAGGGCCUGGCGCCCGAGCAGGUUAGAUUGCAAGAGCAGCUGGCUCCUCGCGUGUUCAAGUGUACCAACUGGGGUAGUGUCAAGGAGUGCAUGGGGUUCCUUGGCCGGAGAGCUGUGGAAAAUGCGGGAGCUGCUAUGCGGUUGAAACACGGGUUGGAGGUUUCGAUUUACGAGCUCAAGUGCAGAAUACUGAGAAGAUGA